AGCCAAUUAACAAAACAUGCACGGACCAAAAAAAAAAAAAAAAAGAAAAAAAUCCCGUUAAGGACAAGAAAUAAUGUAUGGACUGAAACAAAAGCACCGACAAAUUCAGAAAAGUAGAGAACCGGGUGGUGAUUCGGAUCCCUCUCACCUCCACGGAACACUUGGACAUAGUUGACAGCAAUGCGUAAGGACGCGUGCCUCUAGUGGCACCGUGGAAGCAGGGUCGUCAGACGCACGCAGAUACACGGCUGCCCGCAUUAUAUCCCAAACCAACACAUAGUGAAACGUUCGUUAAUUCAAAGCUAAGUAGCAAGAAUCUCUUUGGACAGAUGGACCUUCCUCAGUGACCUCCCUUUUGCCAAUGACGGUGCGCAACCGGACCGGAGCGGGUUUCCUUUCCCUGCGUUCUGAGCAGUUUGCAGAAGUGAAGCGAUCAGGACUGGAGUGACUAAACUACGAGAAGCAUUUCUGAGUCACCGAAGUAUGUUGAAAUUUCUCAACAAUCACAGUGCAAGCUGACGAAGACAAAAUCAUUCGGGGAGAGCCAAACUUCCGCAGGCGCAGUUCUAGUCGUCCACAGUGGCGCAGCGAAGCGCAGGAGUUCAGCUCGGCUUUUCUGCCUGUAGACAGACAGCACCGUGUGCAGGAGGGUAUACAGAGAGACUCCUGCGGGGUAAUUGUUUGCAGCCUGCAGAAGCAGGUGUUUUCGCUGAUCCGCCUGCGAGAGACGGAGGGGGGCUUAUCCUCAUCUUUCUUUCUAAGACUGGUGAGAAGAAAAAAGAAAAGAAACCCGAGGAGAAUGUUGCACCAAGAACAAUGAGCGCAGAGUUGUCGCAUUUUACCCAAAUCCACACAUGCUCUGUAGAAUUCAGUUUUCAUGAGCAAUUCUGACUCGUCUUUGGAAUUUUUAGAGCGAAAAAAGUGGAUCCAACGACUUUGCAACCAUGCGAAAUACUUGGCUGUCUCCCCGGAGUGCGAUUUGGGAAUAUUGGACUUCGCUGAUUGCAUUCCUCUUUUGGAUUCAGUACUCUUACGGAAUGCCUCACGUUAUACGAAUUGGUGGGAUUUUCGAACAAACAGACGGACCUGUUUCACUUGUUAGUGCAGAAGAACUUGCCUUUAAAUUUGCUGUGAAUAAUAUAAACAGAAACAGGACUUUGUUGCCAAACACAACACUAACAUACGACAUACAGAGGAUUAAUAUCUACGACAGCUUUGAGGCAUCAAGGAAAGCUUGUGACCAGCUGUCGUUAGGAGUGGUUGCAAUAUUUGGACCUUCACAUAGCUCAUCUUCAAAUGCUGUGCAGUCCAUCUGCAAUGCACUGGAAGUGCCACACAUCCAGGUGCGGUGGAAACAUCACCCAAUGGACAACAGGGACACUUUUUAUGCCAAUUUAUACCCAGAUUAUUCAUCAUUAAGUUAUGCCAUUCUGGACCUCGUGCAGUAUCUUAAAUGGAAAACAGCCACUGUUGUAUAUGACGACAGCACAGGUCUAAUAAGGUUACAGGAGCUGAUAAUGGCCCCAUCAAGGUAUAACAUUCGAUUAAAGAUCCGCCAGCUUCCUCUAGAUACAGAGGAUACAAGGCCUCUUCUUAAGGAAAUGAAGAGAAGUCGGGAGUUCCGCAUCAUCUUUGAUUGCAGUCACCACAUGGCUGCACAAAUUCUCAAACAGGCCCAGACCAUGGGGAUGAUGACAGAGUAUUACCACUAUAUCUUCACCACUCUGGACUUGAUGGCUAUUGAUCUUGAGCCAUAUCGCUUUUGUGGUGUCAACAUGACUGGCUUUCGCAUCCUCAAUGUGGAAAAUCCCCAGGUUGCAUCUAUUGUGGAGAAAUGGUCAAUGGAAAGGCAAAUUCCACAUAAGCCAGAUUCAGGCCUGCUGGAAGGCAUCAUGACGACAGAUGCAGCUCUGACCUAUGAUGCUGUCCACAUUGUGUCCGUCUCAUAUCAGCACGCUCCACAGAUGACUGUGAACUCACUGCAGUGCCACCGACAUAAACCCUGGAGAUUCGGAGGCCGCUUCAUGAGUUUCAUCAAAGAGUCUCACUGGGAUGGUUUGACUGGAAGAUUGUCCUUCAACAAGACAACUGGGUUACGUACAGACUUUGACUUGGACAUCGUCAGUCUAAAGGAGGAUGGACUUGAAAAGGUGGGGAAGUGGAGUGCGUCAGGAGGUCUUAACAUCACGGAAGUGCCGAAGCGAAAAGGGAUGAACAUCACUGAUUCUCUGUCUAACCGUUCUCUAGUCAUCACAACCAUUCUGGAGGAGCCAUAUGUCAUGCUUAAGAAGUCUGACAAGGCACUGGUUGGGAACGACCGUUUUGAAGGAUUCUGCAUCGACUUGCUGAAAGAGCUUGCCAAAAUCCUGGGCUUCACGUAUGAGAUCCGCCUGGUGCCUGAUGGAAAAUACGGCUCACAGGAUGACAAGGGACAGUGGAAUGGCAUGAUUAGGGAACUUAUAGAACAUAGAGCAGACUUGGCAGUGGCCCCUCUCACCAUUACCUAUGUGCGUGAAAAAGUCAUUGACUUCUCAAAGCCCUUCAUGAGUAUGGGCAUCAGCAUCCUGUAUCGUAGACCCAAUGCCACAAACAACGGCUUCUUCUCCUUCCUAAACCCCAUGACUCCAGACAUCUGGGUGUACAUUCUGCUGGCGUACCUGGGUGUUAGCUGUGUUCUUUUUGUCAUUGCAAGGUUUAGCCCGUAUGAAUGGUACGACGCUCAUCCCUGUAAUCCUGGGUCGGACGUGGUGGAGAACAACUUCACGCUCCUCAACAGCUUCUGGUUUGGAGUUGGUUCCUUAAUGCAACAAGGCUCGGAACUGAUGCCCAAAGCCCUGUCGACCAGGAUAAUAGGUGGAAUCUGGUGGUUCUUCACUCUCAUCAUAAUAUCGUCAUAUACAGCUAAUUUAGCAGCUUUUCUUACCGUGGAGAGGAUGGACUCACCGGUGGAUUCAGCUGAUGACAUUGCCAAGCAGACGAAGAUCGAGUAUGGUGUGGUCAGAGAUGGAGCAACAAUGGCUUUCUUCAAGAAAUCAAAGGUUUCUACAUUUGAGAAGAUGUGGGCCUUCAUGAGCAGCAGGCCGAGAACAUCUCUGGUGAAGUCUGUGGAAGAUGGGGUCCAGAGGGUGCUGAAGUCUGACUAUGCACUCAUUACAGAGUCCACCACCAUUGAUUAUAUCACUAGGAGAAACUGUAACCUGACACAAGUGGGAGGGCUUAUUGACAGCAAAGGCUACGGCAUCGGCACUCCCCUUGGCUCACCAUACAGGGACAAAAUCAGCAUAGCAAUCCUCAGCAUCUUAGAGGAUGGGCUUCUUCACGUUCUGAAGGAGAAGUGGUGGAGCGGAAGCAGCUGCUUGGAUGAGGAGCGUCGCGAGACAGGCCCCAUGGGGAUCCAGAACCUGGGUGGUAUAUUCAUUGUGCUGGCAUCUGGUCUGGUGCUGUCUGUCUUUGUGGCAAUUGCUGAAUUUAUCUACAAGCUGAGAAAGACCGCUGAACGUGAACAGGUCUUUGUGCAGCGCCAUGGUGGACGAGAUCAGACUGUCGUUCACCUGCGAGAGACGGGUGAAACACAAGCCUCAGCCCCCAGUCAUGGUGAAGACGGAUGCAGUGAUCAACAUGCACGCCUACAACGACCGACGACUCCCAGGAAAGGACAACAUGAGCUGCAGCACUGGGAUGACUCCUGUGUUCCCCUGACAAUGUGUUCCCUGCAGGGCAAGAACCUCGUGAGCAACAUUUCAGGGGCAGUGCCGGAGCCCAGGGACAAUGGCAUAGACGGGAUCACCAGAUACAUCAUUAACAACAGUGACAUGGGAACACUUACAAAACAUGGACAACUCAAAUUGGCAGCAUCAGCCACACAGGUAUGACAGACACCGCUGUAAUCAACACUACAAAAAAUACUUGGUUGUGGUUGUAAAGGUUGUGCAAGGGGUAGAAAAACAACCCGACAAAGGUACACCCAAAUAUGAAUCAGUUCAAGUCUGAUGUUUACAUAUGUACCACAAGAGAAAACACAAUAUUCAGUGGACCCUGAGUCACUUAAAAGAUUUCAAAUUUUAUGUGAAAACAUGGUCUGGCAAAUGAGAAAAGGCUUUUUGAAAAUGGCAAUAAAUGACUUUGGUACAGUUCCAGAAGGAUAAGGGAGUUUUGUUAUAAAUCAUGGUAAUAUAUGAAGUUCUUUUGUUGAGUCUGUUGAUUUUCACAAAACUGAAUAACCUUUGGCAGCAGAAAGUGUUACCUCAAAUAUGUACAGGUUCAGCUGGGUGUCUGUGUCAUUUAGUGUUGGCAACACUGUGACUGGUAGGACCUACAGCAAGAUGUGAAACAGUAAAUUUACAUCUGAUGUAGCUGUGAUGUGUACCUAAAAAUAUUAUCAUACAAAAACAACCACAAUCACUCAUGCAAAGUGGAUUGUGGACACAUCAGCUGUAUAUUAAAAACAUAAGAUUCAAACUUGGGAUAUUUGACAUGAUUUUUGACAUUUUUUCCAAGGUUCAUUUUUUUUUUCAAAUUACUUUGUACAUAAUUUGAUUGUUACCAGAUAACAUGUUGAUUGCCAAAGACCUGACCAUUCAACAGAUUUAUACUCGGAACAUCAAGAGCCAGAGCUGUUUAAUAACCAAGUGUUCAAUUAAAAGUGAAUUGGAGGGGCUGAGUUUAUUUGCUGUAAGAGGCAUUCAAAUCUUUCUAUGUCUGGUUAUGGCUAGGCAUGGCUCACUAUGUGAUUCCAAUUAUAUGAUAACCUAGUAUAAAGAACACCAUUGAAUCAAAUCAUUCAUGCAAAAAUCUAAAACUAAAAUGGAUAACAAAAUCCAAUAAAUUUUAGUAAUUAACAGAAUAGCAACACAUAUUUUAAUUUGUACGAAAAUUACACUUCGAUUUUAACAGAAUAAGAUGAUUUAUAGCAUUUCUUGACUACCUAUUUCAUUUUGAUAUGUAGACUGAAGCAAAAAUCAGGAUCAUCACCUGUGAAAUUGAGCAUACAUUUUUAAGUGCUUUAAUUUACACCACCGAGGCAUAACAAGAUAAAUGCUGACAGGUGAAGACAAGAAAACUGAUUAGAAUUUCAACUUGAUACUCAGUAGCGGGUGAGAUACAUUUGAAAAGAAGUUAAUAUUUAAUAUAUAUAGUUGCUGCAUACAAGCAGGAAAAUAUGAAUUUGAGUAAGAGUUUACGAAGGGCCUAUUUGUGUUGGCUUGACAACUGGAUCAGAGCAUCUACAAAACUGGAGCUCUUGGUUGUGGUCUGCAGCGACAGUUUCAAUUUAAAUUGUCCAAGGAAGAACAGUGAUGAACUGGGACCACAGUCAGUCAAGGUUUAUUGAACAGAAAAGGGUAGCCUGCUUGGUCCAAAAUGUAAUACUAAUUAUGAAAGAAAGGUGUCAAGAAUGUCCAGUGCAUCAGAUCUGGAAAUAGGACAGUAGAAGAUGGAGGAAUGGUUCCCAUGAAGGGUGUUUGUCUUUAUUUUAUUUUAUUUUUUACAUGAAUGGGCCUUUGCCUUGCCUAUCUGGGGAAUACAAAGCACUGCAGGAAAAAAGACAAGCCAGCAUAGGCCAUGUGAUGCCUUGGCAAUGUCCUGAUGGUAAACUUUGAGUUCUGGGAUCUAUGAGGUUGUUGCUUUGGCAUGUACCAGUUACUUUUUUUAUUUUUGCAGACCAUGUACACCCUUUCAUACAAAAUCAUUUCCCUGAUGAUUGUAGGCUCAUUGGAAAUAAUGUUCCAGGCCACAAGACAAAAAAUGGUUCUCCAUUACUUUGAUUUGUCAAAUUGCCCUCCAAAUUUUCCAGAUGUCAAUCUAAUUGAGCAUCUGUGGCAUGUGUAAGACAAACAAGUCUGAUUUAUGGAGGGCCCAUCCAAAAGUUAAAGGACUUAAAUGACCUGUUGCUAACAUCUUGGAGCCAGAUACCACAGCAGACCUUCAGGGGUCUAGUGGAGUCCAUUAUUAGACUAGUCAUGGAUGUUUUGUUGGCAAAAGAAAGACCAACCCACUAUUUGUCAUGUGGCAGUAAUGCCAUGCUUUAUUGGGUGUAUACAAUACCUAUUUUCUAUAUUCUUCUCUUUUUGCGGAAAACAAAUAUCACACUAAUAUUAGCUAGUGGUCUACCUGGGCCAUUUGCUGUUGUUGGCAGUUGACUACUGAACACGUUGCCAGAAGCUAGCUACCCUAACAUUCACUUUUCUUGAAAUAUCUUGUUUUACCCAAUCAACUACAUUUCUUUAUUGCAAGAUAUGAAAAAUUACUGGAGUCAUCUUUUGGCAGUAUCCAGAAACAGGUUGGGGAGGAGUGGUGUUCCAUUAAAUAGACCAAUAAAAAUGCUGGUUACUCCAGAACUGCCUGGACAUUAAAUGGCAAGGUACAUUGAAAAAACUGAGUAUUUCUUGCCAGUCUUCUCAGAAAGUGAAACUCAUAUUAUAUAGAAUCAUCACAUAAGUAAUGGUAUAUUACAACCCUUUUUUUUCUUGUAAUUUUGAUGACUAUGGUUUAUAGAUAAAAAAAAACUCAAAAUCCACUGCCUCAGAAAAUUAGAAUAUUGUGAAAAAGACCAUUAUUUAAAAUUCCUGGUGUCUCAUGAUAAUUAGCUAAUUAACUCAAAGAACUUGCAAAGGUUUCCUGUGCUUUUAAAUACUUUUAAUCUAUAAAACGACUUUUUUUUUUCUGAGAUGACUGGCAAGAAAUAUUGCACUUUUACACAAUAUUAGAUUUUUUUUAGAGCUGGCUAUUAUAUUAUGGAUAAAUGGAAUGACAUUACUAUAACUUGAUUAUUAAGAUUCAGUAUUCCUUGUUUCUAGUAAAUGAUCCAUACCUAGUCCAGGCAUUGCAGCUUUUUCAUGUAAGCCUUUGCAUUUUGUUGAACUAUUGUUCUUUAAUGCCGUUGUGCUCCCAUGUUUUCAUGAAAUGACAAGUCUGAACAUAAACUAAGUUAUAUAAAGUAAUCUGUGAUAGGUUCUCUCUGUUCUUGAAUAGCAUUUUUCUUCAUAAAAUUGUGCUUUUGGAGCAGAUACAAUUUAUUUUUAGUUUACUGACUUUUAUGUCAGUAGGCAUAAUAUUCUACAAAGUUCAGUGUAUAGACAAGAGCCACAACUUCAGUGCUCCCCUUUCCAAACAGAACACUAUUGUUGUUGGCUUCAUUUUUGUAGUUACUCCAGUCUUCACCAAGUAUCAUAUUAUUUUUUAAGAAACAUGAGUUCUGUUUUAUAUGAGUCAUUUUUGUGGGCAACUUCAAAAUUCAUAUUGAAAUCCGUGAUAGACUCACUGACCGAUGUCCUCCAGCAGAAACACUCCUCCCACAAUGUUUUAUAGCAUAAUGUCUCCUUAAGCAAGACUUGUGUUGACUUUGACAGUUUCCCUUUGGAUGACUUUGCAACCAUUUUGUAGUUGCUAGUGCCACUGCUUUAUCCUGUGUUGGAUUGAUUCUGAAUUGUAUUGCACCAAUUAAAUAUUCAAGUGCAGAUGCUUGAAAAACUACAACUUCAAAAAUUUAGGUAGUGCUUUUCUUGUCAUACCAUCCACUAAACGCUCUUCUACAGUACAAGUUGCAUUCGCUCAAUAUGUCAAACAAUGUCUGACUUGUGAUUAAAUGUUUUGCCAAUAGACACUUUGAUCAGCAUUGACUAAAACAGAGAAUAUUAGUCAAGGUUUUGUAUUUAUCCAUCUUAUUCCUGCAAGCUGUAAAAAACAUUGAUCUUGAAUUGCAUUGUAAAAUGAAAAUAAAUUUUCUAUAGACACAUAUGAAAGACAUUAUGUUUCAAUACUGUUAACCUAAAUAAGUUCCAUUAUGAGUCGUGGAUGACCAGCCUAGGUAACUUAUUGCAAACCAGUUACAUCAGAAAAAGUAUGUCUAGCUAGUAAAACAAAUUUUGUUACUCUGCUACCUUCCUGGAAAUAGCACCAACAAUCAAUACUAUAGCAACAGCUCUGGAUAAAAGGUGGAUAUCUUAAGGGAAUAAAUAACUGGUAUUUACUGAAAGUUAAGUGGGUUUUAUCAGGCUAUAUUCAUUAAAUUAGCAACUGCUCUUUGGUUGAUUGUGACCACAGAGUGCCUGGAUGACGCAUUUUUCAAACACAUUUUCAAACUCUUUCCAUGUCAGGUGUAAUUUACAAGAUUUUUGAAAAUAAGUUCUAAUUAUUUUAUUUUUGCAAAAUUAAAAAAGGCAUUAAAAAGGCUUGGGUUUAAAAGAAAAAUGAACCACUUUUGAAGGGGAUCUCUGAAUAGAUGAUUGGUCGGCUUAAUUACCUGGUGUGGACUUAUGCUGAAAGACUGUAUGGUAAUUUGAGAAAGAGCAGUCAAUUAUUCUGUUUGUUUGUGUUGACUGUAAUGCCUAUAAUUUUUUUUAUCUCCAGCAAAAUCACCCAGAAUAAAGAUUGGAGGAGUCUGUAAGAUGCCAUUAUGCUGAAGCAGAGAGAACAUUGAACCUCUGUGAGGUUUACAUUGUCUAUACACAAUGACAAAAGAGAAAACAUAUCUAUCUAUUCAAGGAAACUUUAAUCUGUAAAAUUUAGCAUUGGUUUGGUAGAGACUCGCUGUAUAAUUGUUUAUUGAUUCUCUUCUGCUAAGUAGAGUAAGUAGAGAGGAUUGGCAGAAGAUGUAUUUUACUAAAUUUAUACAGUUAUAUAUUCAUUCUGUUCACAAAUAUGUUCUAGAUGCUAUUUAUUUCAUCAGGCCACUUUACCCUUCCUCCCCACUUUAUCCCAAAUCCACUUCCCCCAAACCCUGUUUAUUUAAUAGAAAUACGUUUGAAAAUGAUAUAUUGGAUUCUUUUCUAUCUAGAUGAGAAAAUGUAUGUAAAUCGUCUUUUAUGAUGGCUAAUAUAUUUCUAUAUGGUGAAAAUAAAGUGGAGAGAUUGAGCUCCCUUAAGAGUUCAAGGGAUAUUCCCUCAGAGUAGGCGUUUCUUGUGUCAGUGGACCUUUAUUCUUCACAAAUUCCCCUUUACAACCUGGUCUAAAGUGUAACUGCUGCUGAUCUACAGUUAUACUAUUGUACCGUCACACUGAUGUGUACUGGAACUUUUCUUGCAGGUGAUUAAAAGACUUUUGAGACUCAUUGUACAACAUUUCUUUAAUGUGUGGCAACAACAAUACAUGAAUGAAAUUUUGUUGAUUCUAACAUGGCUGGUUCAGUCCAUUUGGUUACUGAAUAUAAACAUCUUUUUUUAAAAUAAAUAAUGUGAAUAAUGUCAUUUUACACAAAACUGUAAGAAAUGUGAGAGAAAAGUAACAGAAAAUGUAAUCUACAUAAACCUGUUCUAUUACCUGUAUGUGAUAAACGUUUUUAUUUUCAUUCUUUUUUCUUUUUUACCUUUUUUUUUCCUUUUUAGCCCUAACGCUUAUAUCAUCUGGCAAAAAACCCUCCCAAAUAUAUGAGAAAUAUGUUGGUGCCAACCAGGGUUUUCUUUGUGAACAUACAGACUUUCUAUGAAUAUAGUUUUUGUAAGAUUUUGCUAAGAAAAUAUGAAAAAAUUAUUGAAAAAGUGGGACAGGUGUAUUUGUUUUCAUUGUAACUGUAUGUGUAAAAAGAGCAUCUUAAUAAUACACUGGAGGGUAUCAGCAAACUACUAUAGAAAACUUACUGAACUAUUCUUUUUAACACACUGUGAAUAAUUUAAUUGUACAGUUUGCUGUAUGGGUUAAAUGAAGUUUUAAAUAAAAAAUACAACCUA